AGAGCAAAGCGCUGCGACGACACAGAGCCAAGAAGAGCCCGUGGAAAUGCAGAGCCUUCCAGUUCUACUGUUGCUCUGUGUGGCUGUGUGCUCAGCCUACCCGGUGGACAGAGCUGCAGAGGACGAGGACAGCAUGGAGUUUGUUCAGCAAUACCUGGAAAACUACUACAACCUUGCAAAAGAUACGAAACCAUUUGUUAGAAGAAGGGACGGUAGUCCUGUUGUUGAAAAAAUCCGAGAAAUGCAGAAGUUCCUCGGGUUGGUGGUGACCGGGAAGCUGGACUCGGACACUCUGGACAUGAUGCGCAAGCCCAGGUGUGGCGUUCCUGAUGUUGGGGACUUCACCACCUUCCCUGGCAUGCCCAAGUGGAGGAAAACCCACCUUACUUACAGGAUUAUGAAUUAUACACUGGAUUUGCCGAGAGGUGCUGUGGAUUCUGCCAUUGAGGAAGCUCUGAACGUCUGGAAGGAGGUGACUCCACUCACUUUCUCCAGGACUGAUGAAGGGGAGGCUGACAUCAAGAUCUCUUUUGCAGUUAGAGAUCAUGGAGACUUUAACCCUUUUGAUGGACCUGGAAAUGUUUUGGGUCACGCCUACCCACCCGGGCCCGGCAUUUAUGGAGAUGCCCACUUUGACGAUGAUGAAUUAUGGACGAGGGAUACUUCGGGAACUAACUUAUUCCUGGUUGCCGCUCAUGAACUUGGCCAUUCCCUGGGUCUCUUUCACUCGGCUGACCCUCGCGCUCUGAUGUACCCGGUCUACAACACACUCAUAGACCUGGCCCGCUUCCGCCUUUCUCAGGAUGACGUGGAUGGCAUCCAGUCCCUGUACGGACCUCCCCCUGUCUCCCCAGAUGACCCCGUGGCACCCACGAAAUCUGUGCCUUCAGGACCUGAGACCCCAGCCGCGUGCGACCCCGCUUUGUCCUUCGACGCAAUCAGCACUCUGAGGGGAGAAAUCCUGUUCUUUAAAGACAGACAUUUUUGGCGCAAAUCCCUCAGGACCCUUGAACCUGGAUUUUUUUUGAUCUCUUCGUUUUGGCCAUCCCUUCCUUCAGGCUUGGAUGCCGCAUAUGAAGAGACUAGCAAGGACAUUGUUUUCAUUUUUAAAGGAGACCAGUUCUGGGCCAUCAGAGGAACUGAGGUACAAGCAGGUUAUCCAAAAGGCAUCCACACCCUGGGCUUUCCUGCAACCGUAGGGAAAAUUGAUGCGGCCUUGUUUGAUAAGGAAAAGAAGAAAACAUACUUCUUCGUAGGGGACAAAUACUGGAGGUUUGAUGAGAAGAGACAAUCCAUGGAGCCAGGCUUCCCCAAGCAGAUAGCAGAAGACUUCCCAGGGGUUGGCCCGAAGGUCGAUGCUGCUUUUGAAAUGUUUGGGUUUUACUAUUUCUUCAGUGGAUCUUCACAGUUUGAGUUUGACCCAAAUGCAAGGCAAGUGACACACACUUUGAAGAGCCGCAGCUGGCUGAACUGCUGA